CUUAGCUUAUUUCUUUCGUUCUUCCUUAGCUUAGCUUCAUUCCUCUCAAUUCAAGCCAAUACCACCUCAAAUGGGCACUCUAGUCGGGCACGUCUUACCAGGUUUCGGGUUCUUCGCCAUUGGAUUAUGGCACCUCUUUAACCACCUUAGGUUACUUGCACUUAACAAAGAACCUAAAUACAAGUCCCUUCUAUGGUUCCCUUCCAAUUAUCCCCAUCUUCGGUACCUCGAACUCUACUUGAUAAUGAUAGGCUGCUUCUCUUCCGUUGCUAUGGAGCUCUUCAUUGGCCCAAACAACCAUCAGCCCUUCGACACUGACGGGACCAUCCCUUCGAACCACCUUCAAAACUUCGAGCACUCCUUCAUUUCUCUCACUUUCUUUGUCUAUGCGUUUUUUGCCCUCGCCCUAGACAAGCGGGGCGGCCCUAGUCUCCCUGCUCAGUACGACGUAAUUCAGUUCCUAGCCGCCCUCGCAUUUGGGCAACAACUACUCCUCUUCCAUCUCCACUCCGCUGAUCACAUGGGCGUCGAAGGCCAGUACCAUUGGCUCCUUCAAUUAGUCAUCUUCAUUUCUUUGUUCUCCACUAUCCUUGGCAUCGCGUACCAAGGAAGUUUUGUGAUUGCGUUGACAAGAUCCCUUAGCAUAAUCUACCAAGGAGUAUGGCAAAUGGUGAUGGGGAUCGCUUUGUGGACCCCGAGCUUGAUUUCGAAAGGGUGUUGAUAUAUCUUAUGUAAAUACAUGAACACUAUAGUUUACAAAUUGUAAAAUAGUUGUGUUGUUACUUGUACAUGUUAUACUAACUGGGAUUAGCGACACAAUGACAUA